AUGUGGUGGCGCAGGCAUCAUUCGCGGGCCCAACCGUGCCUUGUCUACGAGGUUGUACCUGGUUGCCAGACUCACCCUACCUACCGCUCUCUAGCCCACUGCCCACGAUACCCACGACACCCACCUGAGGCCGCGGGCGACAGACUAAAGUACCACUACUUUGCACGUCACUGCUCCCCGGUCCUGCUCUCGUCGCGCUUGCUUGCUGAGAAUGACACAGCACGUCUUUGGUCACAUUUCAAAACAGACGGGUGGUUGCACCUUUUUUGCAGCCAGUCAUCCAAAGUACACCAUGUAUCAUACACUGUGUAUACAUGUCCAGCCUGUAUGUACGUACAUACAUCGGUACAUGCAGUCUGUAUACCUCCCCGGUCGUUGGUGCUCCGAGCGCGUGGCUGGCCAGAGGUGCUUACAUACUGUACAGGCCUGCUUACUUACAUGCACGCUGCAAAACCUCUCUACUGA